ACCGGGCUGCUGCAAAGGUUAGUCUUCCUCGCCUCCUUUCCCACUUUUACUUUCUCUAGGCAAAGGUUAUUUGGUACAUUAACUGAGGCGAUUAGGGUAAUGACGCCUGAAAAACAGUGAGCUUCCUCCCUCCUAGUACCUAUUAUUGCCCCAGAGCUUCUGUGCGAAUACUAACUGGUCGAAUGAAAAGCUUUGUCGGGGGUGUUACUUUUACAAAAUCAAAUGGGAAAGUAGCACGUCGGAGAGAAAGCCAAACCUGAGGAGCCCGGAAAAUGAAGAAAAGUGAUGCGUCUGCGAAAACAGUAGCAGGGAUUUUUUUUUUUUUUCUUUUUUCUUUUUUUUUGGUAAUUUUUCCCCCAAGGGCUGUAAUUUGAUUGCUCUCUUUGGCAACGCUCCAGAGUCAAGUCCAAGGGCUUAAUCUCUCUCUCUCUCUCUCUCUCUCCGCCCCCCCCUCUUCCUCGCCCGGAGCGGAGGGGAGGAGGGACCGCGGAUCCGCUGCUCGCGACGGCGGGGCCCGCAUCCCUGCGCCGGGAGGGGCGGGUCGGGGCGCGGCCGAGAGGAGAGCGCGGCCGAGGAAGAGGAAGUCCGAGCCCGGGCGGCGGUGCAGGGCGCUCGGCGGGCGCCGGAGCCGGCGCAGCGCAGCCGUACCUUCCCGGGCCGACCUGCGAGCGCGACCCGCGCCGGGAGCCGCCCCUCCCCGGGUGCAGACAGAUGUUGGCAGUCUGUGGGUGAAGACACUGGAAAGGCUUCAACCAUAAAAAUGUGCACCAGUUGCGUCUUGAAGUGCCAUCAGCUGUAACGGAAGUUCCAGCUCCCAGACCCCAACCGGGCCCCCCCACUCCCAAGAACGGAAAACCAUGGAGCUCUCGGACAGCGACCGCCCGGUCAGCUUCGGCUCCACCUCAUCCUCGGCCUCCUCCCGGGACAGCCACGGUUCCUUCGGCAGCAGGAUGACCUUAGUUUCAAACAGCCACUUGGGCUUGUUUCCCCAGGAUAAGGAGGCAGGGGCCAUAAAGCUGGAGCUGAUGCCAGCCAGGCCGUUUUCCAGCAGCGACCUGCAGAGGGAUGGCGCAGCCGGGCAGCAGAACACGGACGAGGGCGGCGAGGGGCAGCCCCGGGCCCAGCGCAGAGGGGAUGCCAACGGGGCGACUAAACUGGGUACAGACUCGGCCACCAGCCCCAAGCUGCUCUAUGUGGACCGAGUAGUGCAGGAGAUUCUGGAGACUGAAAGGACCUACGUGCAGGAUUUAAAAAGCAUCGUCGAGGAUUACCUUGACUGCAUCAAGGACCAAACGAAACUUCCUCUGGGCACGGAAGAAAGAUCAGCCCUCUUUGGAAACAUCCGGGAUAUCUACCAUUUUAAUAGUGAACUGCUGCAAGACUUGGAAAACUGUGAAAAUGACCCCGUGGCCAUAGCAGAAUGCUUUGUGUCGAAGAGUGAAGAGUUCCACAUUUACACCCAGUAUUGCACCAACUAUCCCAGAUCAGUGGCGGUGCUCACCGAGUGCAUGAGGAAUAAGAUGCUGGCUAAAUUCUUCCGGGAGCGUCAGGAAACUUUGAAACACUCACUGCCUUUGGGGUCCUAUCUCUUGAAACCAGUUCAGCGGAUUCUCAAGUAUCAUCUUCUUUUGCAUGAAAUAGAAAAUCACCUUGACAAGGACACAGAAGGCUACGAUGUGGUACUUGAUGCUAUAGACACGAUGCAGCGAGUCGCCUGGCACAUCAAUGACAUGAAGCGGAAGCAUGAACAUGCCGUCCGGUUACAGGAGAUACAAAGUUUGCUCACUAACUGGAAGGGGCCAGACCUGACCAGCUACGGCGAACUGGUGCUCGAGGGAACCUUCCGCCUCCAGCGGGCCAAGAACGAGCGGACGCUCUUCCUCUUUGACAAGCUGCUUCUCAUCACCAAGAAGAGAGAUGACACGUUCACCUACAAAGCUCACAUCCUGUGUGGCAACCUCAUGCUUGUGGAGGUGAUCCCCAAGGAGCCCCUCAGCUUCAGCGUCUUCCACUACAAGAACCCCAAGCUGCAACACACCGUGCAGGCGAAGUCACAGCAGGACAAACGCCUGUGGGUUCUGCACCUGAAGAGGCUGAUCCUGGAGAACCACGCAGCCAAGAUUCCAGCUAAGGCCAAGCAAGCGAUACUUGAAAUGGAUGCCAUCCAUUAUCCAGGCUUCUGCUACAGUCCAGAGGGGGAGACGAAAGCCUUUUGUGGCUCUAAAGACGGUUCUGCUCCGUAUCGGCUGAGAAGAAAAUCUGAACCUUCCUCAAGAUCACAUAAAGUUUUGAAGACCAGCGAAACAGCACAAGACAUGCAGAAGGUCUCCAGAGAGGAAGGGUCUCCGCAGCUGACUCCGGCAGGCUCAUCUUCCGCGCAGAGGAUCCGUCCGCCCGGCAGUUCUGCCAUUUUCAGCGUGCUUCGCGGGGGCGGGGCUGUCAGAAGCAUCUGGACCGACCACCAGAUCCGCCAGGCCUUGUUCCCCAGUCGCCGAUGUCCGCAGGAGAACGAGGAGGAUGAAGAUGAUUAUCAGAUGUUCGUGCCAUCCUUCUCCUCUUCAGAUCUGAAUUCUACCCGACUGUGCGAAGAUAGCACUUCCAGUCGACCUUGCAGUUGGCACAUGGGACAGCUCGAGUCCGAGGAGACCCCCAGCUCUGGCCACAGGGUGGUGCGAAGGGCCAGCAGUGCUGGGGAGAGCAACGCGAGCCCCCCUGACGUAAGAACUAGGGACAGUGGUGGCUCUCAAUACAGCUCCCGAAGGGAACUGCAGAAGGACCCUAAAACAGAGGGGCGGGAUGGGAUGACUCCCUUCGGGUCCUCUCUGGAGUUGACUAUUGAUGACAUAGACCAUGUGUAUGAUAACAUAAGUUAUGAGGAUUUGAAACUGAUGGUUGCCAAACGGGAAGACGCUGAAGCCCCUCCCCCCAGAUCAGCCAGGGAAUCCGUUCGCCCCAAGAGCACCCCGGAGCUAGCUUUCUCGAAGAGGCCAACUGGCCCCGAGAAGAGCCCUCUGCACCCCAAGAGAGAUGGAACGCCCCCGGGCCGGGAGGCCCUGAACCAAAGUGCACGCGACCUCCAGGUCGUGGAGGAGAACCUCUACGACACUAUCCGGCUCCCGGAUCCACCUUCCCGGGACUUCAAGUGCAGCAGCCUCAAGCGUCCCAAGAGGAGCAGCUUCCUGGGCUUGGAGGCCGACUUGGGGUGCUGUGACAGUCUGAGGGCCUCCAUUUCCCAGGACAGCCUCCAGUUCAGCGAGGACGAAGCGCCCUACCCCGCGGGACCUGCUGAGAAUGAUUAUCUGAGUUUGCUCUAUAACUCCUUCGGCUGUAACUUGUCCAUAGCUGAUCGGUCCAUCUCCGAUAAACUGUCCGAAGAAGUAGACGAAAUCUGGAAUGACCUGGAAAAUUACAUCAAGAAAAACGAAGUCAAAGCCAGAGACCGGCUGCUGGCAGCGUUUCCCGUUAGCAAAGAUGACGUGCAGGAGGGGCCGCUGGCAGGCAGCACCCCGGAGCUGAGCACGCGCUCCGCGCUCUCGCUGCCCACGGGCCGGGCUCUCCUCCUGCCGCCCGGAGAUGGUCCAGAGCCGGCCUCCUGCGCUCUUGACCGAGCCUCGACCGCCAAAGACGGCUCCUGCCUGAGUCUCCACCGGCUCUCGCUGGCCAGUGACCUGCCGCCUGCAGAGAGUCCCUACGACGUGGCCGGCAACAGCCUGUCCCCCGUGGACCUGGAGAUCCCUGGCCCAGGGAUGGACAACGCAGAUAAGACCAGGAGCAGAGUUUUCCUGAUGGCCAGGCAGUACACAAAGAUCAAGAAGGCAAAUCAGCUGUUAAAGGUGAAAAGCCCUGAGCUGGAGCAGCCGCCCUGCAGCCAGCCGCAGAAGCAGGUGCCCAGGGACCUGGCUGCCAUCCUAGAAGAAAAGAAGCAGGGCGGGCCUGCCAUUGGGGCCAGGAUUGCUGAGUAUUCCCAACUGUAUGACCAGAUCGUAUUCAGAGAGACACCUGUUAAGACUCAGAAGGAUGGCUGGGCCAGCCCUCAAGACUCUUCCAACCUCAGGAGCUCAUCACCUUCCCACCCCCAACAUGGGAGCGGGGAUUGGCUUUUGCAUUCAACCUAUAGUAAUGGGGAGCUAGCAGAUUUCUGUCCCCGGCCAGAGCAAGACUUGAAGUCAAAAUAUCCCACCUUCGAGAUCAGUACAAAAAGUACCCCAAGACAAUUGUCCACAGCUUGCUCUGUGCCUUCGCUUCAAACCCCCGACCCUCUGCUGGGCUCCCUGCAGAGACACAGCGUGGUGGUCACUCAGCCAAACAAAGAGAACUCAUGUCAGGGCCAUCUUUACAAUUCUCUGGGUAGGAAAGGCAUCAGUGCUAAGUCUCAGCCUUAUAACAGGUCCCAGUCGUCUUCCUCCAUCUUGAUAAACAAGUCCGCAGACUCCAUCAGCUACCCCAGUGACAUGGGAAGGAAGCAGCCCCUGUCUCUACAAGGAAGUGCAAGGUGGGAGAGUCACCAGGAUUUGCUGCCGGGUAUCUCAGACUCCUGUCAACAGGGCACCGAAAAACGCUCGGAUCUCACGCUCCAGGACUCGCAGAAAGUUCUGGUAGUAAACAGAAAUUUACCUCUAAGUGCCCAAAUAGCUACGCAGAACUAUUUUUCCAAUUUCAAAGAGACUGAAGGAGACGACGAUGACUAUGUGGAGAUAAAGUCAGAAGAAGAUGAGUCAGAGUUAGAGCACUCCCACGGUCGUCGAGGGAAAUCCGAUCCAAAGAUGAUGGACCCUGACUCUUCUGACAGUGUCUGCAGCAGCAACAACACCUCUUACCCUUUGACGAAUGCCUGCACUCCAGCAAAGCCAGUGAGCAGCAAACUGGGGAUGUCACCGUAUCUGACAUCAUACAACGAUUCUGACAAACUGAAUGACUAUCUCUGGAAGGGGCCGUCUCCCAAUCAGCAAAAUAUUGUCCAGUCUCUAAGGGAAAAAUUCCAGUGUCUUAGUUCAAGCAGCUUCGCCUAAGGUUCUUAAGAGUAGCUGCCUGAAUUCACUUCUUCUCAUGCUCAUAAAUUACAGACACUGAGAGGUGUUUUGUAUGUACCAGAUGAAAACAAUUUUGUAAUAACCAGAGGUGUAAAAUAUACUUUCUUUAACAGCACAACUCUUGGAAACGGCUGGUGAUCAGCCGGGAUUGUACUGUAGCGAUGUCAGCAUCCUACACUGUGUUUUUUUUUUUUUUUUGAUGCUGAUGGCCUUCGCGUUUCAUGUAAGUCAAACUUACUUGAAAAUUUUUAGGCUUUUUUAAAAAAAAACAAAGACAAAAAAAAACCAUGAUGGCCAUGGUAUUUUUUUCCCCUAUAUCCUGACAAUUAGUGCCCAGACUUUAGAAAUUGCAGUAAUCUUCUCCUAUUGCCCAGAAGCCAUAGUAGUUUUAUCCUAAGACUCAAAGGCAGCAAGGAGGCCUUUUCUUUGUUUGUUUGUUUAAGGAAACUAAAGCUGUUUAAAGGAUGAUGCUUGCAUCUGACAUUUUUGUUAAAUUUAUGACAAGACCCUAGAAUAACUUCAGCGAGGGAUCUCUAAUUGUAGUAUAGCCUAGGUGCCCUUUUAGGGUUUCUAUUCUGGUAUCCUCACGAUUAUAAUGCAAAAAUUACGAAACUAUGGGAAAUUAGAAUGUAGCAUGAUCAGUUUUCUAUGAGCAAAAAUCCUGCCUGUAUUCCUGGACAAGGCCUGGAGAAUGUGCUGCUCAUCCUUACUUUAUGAUUUCUGGGUUAAAUGAAUGAUCCCCUUAAUGGCUUAAAACCAAGUGCAAGAAAUGCAAACUGACUUAUUAGGGAAGAUGGGUUGAUCUGGGUACAACUUGAUCAUCUCAUCAUAUUACAGUUGGGGAGGCGGACAGAUAGAACCUUUCACUUUUUGUGCUUGUUUCUAGUCUGUAGAAGUAAACCAAGCGCUAAAAUAAAGCGCUUGAAAAUGACCCUUUUCCAGAGUAGUUUUUCAGAUGUCUGUUUAGGAGUUUUGCACUCAGCCAAAGGACCUGAUCCCAGCCUUGAGAAUUUCACUGACUGCAAUGAAAUUUAUUUUCUAGUCCAGAUGUCACAUAGGGGUCGUCUUUCAUUGUUUAGGGGCAUAUAAAAGAGCAGGAUUGUUGGUUACUAAAUUCUGACUAAUCACAUCUUACUUUUAUGUUGUAAUUAUUGUCUUUAAAGAGUGGUUCAAUCUGAUGAUAUGUACUAUUCCAACUCUUUAUGGAAGAAGCAGGAAAAAAAAGCAAGACCUUCUGAGUAAAAGGAAAAACUAAAGAAGCUAAGUAGGAACAUGAAGGUGAAUUUAUUGCCACUUUAUAAAAAUAUUUUAUUGAAGACCGCCAUCAAUGCAAUGUUUUCUCAAACCACAGGGCCCUUGCAUUCCCAUCCUAAGCCAUUUUACAUUCUGUGGCCCCUCCCCUUCCCUCUCAGGCUUCAUUUUUAACAAAUAUCGUGUGUAGAUCGAAAGUGGCUCUGGGCUUUUCAUUUAAAGAUAAGCAAUGAUUGGAGUGCCCCGUCAUGGUGCAGUGGUUAACAAAUCAACUAGGUACCAUGAGGUUACGGGUUCGAUCCCUGGCCUUGCUCAUUGGGGGUUAAGGAUCCGGCGUUGCCGUGAGCUGUGGUGUAGGUCGCAGACACGGCUCGGAUUCCGAGUUGCUACGUCUCUGGCAUAGGCCAGCGGCUACAGCUCCGAUUAGACACCCCUAGCCUGGGAACCUCCCUAUGCCGCUGGAGCGGUCCUAGAAAAGGCAAAAAGACAAAAAAAAAAUUUUUUUUUAAUAAAGAUAAGCAAUGAUACUGAUUUGAACCAGUGACAUCUUACCAUGAUUCUUUUCCUUUACGAGCUGCGCUUGGUUUUCUCAACUAAAACUCUUAAAAUGGGACCAUCCUUAUUUUACACACAGGUACCAAAGCAUUUGUUUUCCUCUUUAAAGAGCAAAAAAUAACCCAAAUUUCUUCCUUCUCCACACUCUUCUUUCUUCUUGUAGCUUAUAAACAGAGUCCAUAUUGACUAGCAUUGCGCUGGGGACACCCCUUUGUUCACUGCUUUUCUUUAAACACGAUAUGAGUUUUCAAGAGGAAGCAGUAUCAGAAAGGAGAAGCACUACGACAAAGGAGAGAGUCUCCGACUUGCUAGGAGUAUUUGUAAGUGCGUUUACAAAACCAAGUUACUUGAUGCUUCUUGUCCCAGGAAUGCUGUUUCCCACGUCUGACUUUUUCGUUUUUAAGACCUCAUUCCCCUGGUGUCUUAGUCCCAGAAAUUAUUCUCCAUACCUGUGUCCUGUUGCACAACUGUGAUGUCACUAGGAAUGCACCCCGCUGCACGAAGGCUGCUGUCUUACUGUAUAAAAUAGCUGUGUGGUUGUCUUUAGGUUCUAGGACAAAUCUGUACUUCCCUAGAUCCCUUCUGUCAACCAGGAGGCAGAUUUUGAGAGCUAAGUGUAUAUAUAUAACCAAGUUUGUAUUUUCCCUCAAAGUUAUCAAUUAAGCGCUUUUGAUUAAAAUAGUUUUUUUUGGAGGUGGGUAGGGAUGUAUAUAAUUGGGGGGAAAGAGUCAUAUGUACUUAAGUGUAUGUCAAGUUCUUAUUAGGUCUCUGUACUGAAGGUUCAGAUUUUUUAUAAGUUCACUUUUCACCCACGCUGUUCUUUAUGCAAAAAAAAAAAAUGCAUCUAGGAAAACAUAGCUUCAAGACUGUAUAUAAGAUAAUGAGUUAGUAAUGCUUAUUAUUUAAUAAAGUUUGUAAAGUACAAAGUAAA